AUGUCUGAAGCAGACAUGGCACUCGGCCUUGCAGAACACCUGCAGAGCCUAGUCUCGAGGAAGUUUCAAGAGGCAUAUCGCAAGAAAGCUCUUCUCUUCUCAGACACAGCUCUCCAAGUCCUGCGAAUCAAGCAAGGAUCAUCCUUCCAACUACGAUAUUGCCCGGCGUUGGCCAACAAGCCCAAAGGAACUGAGAAGACAGAAAGCCGGGGACCAAAAUUCGAUCCAUUUGCGAAGCCCUCACCAGACCUGCUCAUCACCAGCAUACCAAGCAAUGACCCAUCGCAUAUCUUGGUAUUGAACAAGUUUCCCGUCAUCCAUAAUCACUUCAUCAUCGCUACCAAGGAUAAUAAGCCCCAAACUGGCCUCUUGGAACCUGCCGACCUUGGUAUGACUUACGAAUGUCUUCAUGCGUGGCAGACCCAUCAAAGCGACACCGCCUCGCAGCGAUUAUUUGCUUUCUUCAACUCUGGUGAGCACAGCGGUGCCAGUCAAGCCCACCGUCAUCUGCAAUUUCUUUCGAUGGAAGAUAUGUUAGGGUCUGAGUCGCAGGACUGGGGCCUCCUCAUUGAUCGUAUGACUGUGCCGGCUCAUCCCGAACUUCCACUAUUCCACGAUCCAUCAUGCCCGCUUCUCCAUUUCUCCACCCCAUUGGAGGGGCGAGCAUCGGCAGAGAUCUUGUUCUCCAAAUACCAACUGCUCCUGAGAGCGGCACUAUCUGCUGCAAGUCAUCCAGGUGAGCAGCUGAACGAACAUAUCAAUAUAGAAAGAGAUGGGGAGACUACGUUUAGCUAUAACCUGGCAAUGACAAGGGACCGAAUGGCCAUAUGUCCGAGGAGUCGCGAGGCCGUAGCCGUGCCCGGGAUCGACAUUGAUAGCUCAGUGGCUCUCAAUGGAACUAUACUUGCGGGCACAUUGAUGGUCAAGCAUGAGCAAGAAUGGAACAUAUUGCGUGAAACUCCCAUGCUGCUCGAAAAUAUGCUUGCCUCGGUCGGCUACAGCCCAGCCAUCUGGCACUGA